AUGAUUUAGACUCAAAUUUAAUAUGGUUGUUCAUUAAAAGGAUAUUUUAUUAAUCUAUUGUAGAAAUUUUUCUGUAUUUUAGGAGUUUUUAAAUAGGAGUUUUUAGAAUUAAUUAUAUUUAAAAAGGAAGAUUUAAAUUUUUUAAUAUUUUAGAGGUGCAUUUAAUAAAGUUAAUUCAAAUCGCAGUUGUUUCGAAUCAAAAAUUAGAUUAAGGCACAAUCACAAAAGGAUUCUUUUUUUUACCUAAAAAUAAAAAGAAGUCAUAACGAAUAAUUAAAAUAAGAGUAAAUUACUUUGCUAAUAGAUAAAAAAAGAAGUAAAAAAUAGUAAUACUGUUUGUUAUUUUAUAUAUACUUCAUUUAGAUAAACAAAUAAUUGGAUAGAUUAUUUAAUUUGUAAUAAUUAAUUAAUAAAACAAGAAAAAGCUUUCAAAUUCAUCAUAACACACAUAAAUUAACACUAUCAAGCAAAAUACUUAAAACAACUAAAACAGCAAGCUAAAUUAUAAAAAUGCAAGCAUUAACUGCUGCCAAGCAAAGUAAAAAGAGUAGCAAUAUUCCUUUAGCGGUUCCAAGAGGUGGUGGAUUACCUAUUAAUCCGUUCGCAGGUCACUCAAAAAAAAAGAGCUAGUCAAAAAAAACAUUUGAAUAAAUACCUAACUUUGAUGAGGUUAAACCUUAAUAAACUGAAGAGAAUAAUCACCGAUUGGAUACUUAGAAUAAAGAGCUAUUGUAUUUAGACACUGAGCAAGCAGAAAUCUUAAAUACACAAUCUAAAGAAGAUGAUGCUAUGAAUCAUCAUGUAUAGAAAAAGUAAACAUUAUAAAAUAUAAUAGAAGACGAAGAUGAUGGCGAUAAUUCGGUUGGAGGUUUUGAAGAUGGUAGAAAAACAAAAGCUUAUUAUGCAAGAUUUUUACUUAUUGACCAAGCAGUUUCAUCGUUUUCCUUUUUGUCUAUAGUUAUUGCAGUUUUAGAGUAUGAUCUAGAAUUUGAGGAAAAAGAUGAAUUUACAGCUAAAGCCAUGCUUUGGAUGACUUUUAUAUUAACUUUAGGUAUGAUUUUGCUCACUAUUGUAAGAUUUUAAGCUAAGCUUGAAUGGCUUAAAACUAGAAAAGUUAUUUCACAGAAAUCUAAUUUGAUUACAUCUGGAUUUUUUAAGUGGAUGUUUAUUGAAAUAGUUGUCAGUGCAGUGCAUCCUAUGCCAUGGACAUGGUAAAUCCGUCUAUCUUUUUUCAAUGAGCCUACUUAGGGUGAUGCUUACUAUCAUUUAAAUGAAAUUUUAUUGCUAAUUAUGCUUCUUCGUGUUUUAUUGAUAGUUAGAACGCUUUUAAUGAUGUCAGUUUGGUACAAUAAUAGAACAUAGAGGGUUUGCAGUAUGUAUGCAUGUGAAGCUGACUACUUAUUUGUAAUUAAAUGCAUCAUGGAAACUCAGCCUUAUAUAUUAAUUACGAGUGCAAUGGUUAUUUCUAUCUUUUAUUUUGGUUACAUGAUAAGAAUUUGUGAAGCUCCCUUAUAUAGAAAUCAGCAAGAUGGAUAACUCCUAUUUUAUAGUUUCUGGAAUUGUAUGUGGAAUAUAAUUGUAACGAUGACUACUGUAGGUUAUGGUGAUUACUAUGCUAGAACUCACUUAGGAAGAUUUAUUAUCUUCUUUGUCUGUAUUUGGGGUGUUUUUAUAGUAUCUAUGAUGGUUAUCACAUUAAGUAACACCUUGAAUAUAACAACCCUUGAAAAAAAGGCUAUAGCAGUUCUAUAAAGAUUACAUUUGAAAGGUUAAAUGAAGCAUCAUGCAGCACACAUUUUGACCUUGUUAGCCAAAAUAGGCUUAGCAAACCGUAAAGGAAAAUUUGAAGGAUAAUUUAAAAAACAAACUUAAAUUAGACUGAGAAAGGCUUUGAAUGAAUUUAAGAUAGCUCAAAGAUAAUAUAGAAGCAUAGGAGAUGAAAAUAUUAGUGAAGAAAUGGGAAGAUAAUUUGAUUUUUUAAGAGAGGAUUUAAAAGAAAUAUAAAAAAAGUAGAAUGCUUUGCUGGAGACAAAUAUUUAACUUAUGUAACACUUGAAGUUGGAUUAACAAUAAAUAGAAUAUUAUGCCAAAAAUCUUACAAGAAGCUCAUUCUAACAAUUAAUAGUACCAAAGGAUGAUAAAAAUAUGGAAACAAGUGCUGCUAAAAAUGUUUAAAAUGGAACUCCAAACAUAAUUGUUACUCAAAAUUCAGUAGCUAAACAAAAAAUUAAAAAUAAUAUAAAAAGCAUAGACGAAAAUAUGGAUGAAAAAGAAGAAGCAAUCAAUGUUUUCCAGUAAGAUUGA